AUGGUUCGCGAAGUAUCAGAGAGUUGCGUUGAUAGCUUAUUGACGGAGAUGGUGUCGUGUUAUUGCAAUCGAUUCUACGUCAACAAGCCUGAACUCGCUGCACGCAGGAUCGAGGCCAUUGGAUAUCAGGUCGGUCACCAGCUCUCUGAAAGGUAUACCAUGGAGCGGCCCCGAUUCACGGAUCAUCUGGAAGCAAUCAAGUUCAUCUGCAAGGAUUUUUGGUCUGAGCUAUUUAAGAAGCAGAUAGACAACUUGAAGACAAACCAUAGGGGUACAUUUGUAUUGCAAGAUAAUAAAUUUCGCUGGCUUGCGCGCAUGUCAGUUGAUCCAUCCACUGAUAAAGUUAGUUCGGUUGAAGAUAAUACUUCACCUACAGCUGAAAACAAGGCGGCACAAUCAAUGAGCAUGCAUCUUUAUUUCCCAUGCGGGAUCAUUAGAGGAGCUCUUUCCAACUUGGGAAUUCCUUGUGCAGUUUCCGCGGAUAUAUCAAAUCUUCCUGCAUGUUCAUUUGUGGUCCGAAUAAAAGCUGGAUGA